UUCUUUUCGUAAUUUUAUUUGUUUAUUUCAUGUUCUUUUAUUGACUUUUUAUUUAGGUUUUAUAUUACUUGCUUGUAAAGUUUGAUUAAAUAAAUGUUAUACAAUUUUGGCAGUUUUAGGAAUUGUUAGAAGGCUAUCUGCUAAAAUAAUGGCUUCGAUUAUAACCAUACUGGAAACAAAUUUGCAACAAAGUUUAACACACUGCAAAGAACUUUUUCUCGAAUUUGAACAGUUAAAUAAUUAUAAAAUCCAAUUCAUAGAGCAAAAAGUAAAAUGUGAAAGUAAUAACUGUAGCAGUUCUGAAUCUCUUAAAAAAAUCAUUGCAUCAAAGGACAAAAUUAUCCAAUCCGUUGCAUCAGCACUUACCAAAUUGAAUGAGACCAAGAAUUUCAAGAUAGUGAAUGAGGUUUUUAAAAUACUAUGUGGUGAGGCUGCAACAUUAACUCCACCUAGUGAAGGGGAGCCAGCCAACAUUAAAACGGAGCCUGAAUCUCAAGUGUACAGCCCUGAGAGUGAAGCACCAAAAUUAGACGAUAUGUUAAUCAAAGAGGAAUCUCUAAUGGAGAUAGAGGGUACACCCACCGGCCGUAAAAGUCCUAUUAUACAAACUCGUAAAUUUUCUAGUAUUACAAACAUAAAUAAAACAAAUUCUUCAGACAAGAAGAAAUGUCCAGAUAGUUGGCCUACACCAGAGAAGAAAAGCAUGAAGUUAUCUCAUCAUACACCGCCCAGAAACAAGCCUAACAGUAGGUGGAAACAGUCGCGUCUGCCGUUGACGAUCUUGAAACCGUCCAGUACUGUGGAUCUCACCAGUUCUCCAGAAUUUUUCGGAGGCAGCAGAGUGAAAAAUGAUAAAUUCAAUGUACAGACACUUAUUAAAAAAGAAUCAAUCGAAGGUGAAGAUACCAUUCUGCCUUCACCGACGAGCGGUUCUACUGACUGUGCAGCCUUGUACAAAACAACCACUAAAUUCAAAGCUCCAUUAUCGCUUAUACGGGACAAAUCUGAAAAAGUGAAAUUAGAAAAAAAUACCGUUGAGAAUCAGAUGGGUGAUAACUCGGACGCAACCAAUAUAGAAGAUUCCAUAAAUUUGCUGCAGCCAAAUAGAACAGUUAAUAAAUCUAAACGAAAAUCACCGAAGUCAAAACUAAUGGAUGAAGACUCGACACAUUGUGACACAAACGAUAGUGUAUCUCUCUUACGUUAUUUGUUAGAGGGAAAUGAGGAAAAUGUCGGAAAACAGAAUAUGCAGUUCAGUCCUAAGAAACAACCAUUAGCGGAGAACAAAAAUUUGCUGAACACGCCAGAGAAAGAUGUACAUAUAGAUUCCAGCAUGUCGCUACUGAGGCCGGAAUUUAAUCCAUCGAAAGUUGCGCUAUUUGAGGACCAAGUUAAAAGUAAACCAGAUGUAAUGGAACCUAUAUACAAAGAGCCAACUGUGAGAAAAAAAGCAGAAAAACUCGCAUUGCCAGGCUGGAGUUGUGACCAAUGCAAAGAAUUCUACGAUGAACUAUAUAAAGACAAUCCGGAGAUGCUCGCCAAGAAAAUGGACGAGUGCUCGAAACAUCGCGGCAGGAACAACCCCGCGCGGCCCAAGACCCCCACCGGGUUCUGGAACCCGAGGUGGGAUGUGCCCGAGGACACCGAAGAAUUUAACAGGAGAAAUAACGCUGUCUGAUAGCAAUACGUCUUAAAGUAUUGUACAGGUGAAACGGAAGUCGUUGGUAUUCUUUAAAAUGGGUUCUGUCAGUGAAAUUGAAUAUUUUCGUCAAAUAAUCGUGCGUCGAAAGACGACAAGUGUUAGCGCGCGCCGUCAUCCGGUUACGUUUAAUGUCCCGCCAGUAAGAACUAACCUACUUCAGCGCGCUUCCUUAACUCACGCAGUGCGGUUAUUAAAUAAUAUUAUAAACAUUGAUAUAUUUAGUAGCAGCCUGCCAAAGAUAUUAGAAGCGGCUCAGAUAUAUCUAGAGUCGGGUUAAAUACAUUUAUUAUAACUUUGUAUGUUUUUUUUUUUAUGAGUGAAAAUGGUAUGGUAACCGCGCCUGCGCUAACGGGAUACGCUGGCGGGGCACCAGUGAAGGGUGACAGAUGAGAAUGAAAACAGGCCAGUUAACCCAUCAUGAUGAAUUCAUCAGGAAUUAACCAUGAUAGUUUCCAGGGGGAACCGCGAGGAGGUCGACCUGGUUGGGUAUAUUGCUAGCAAUGGGAUUCUGUCUUCAUUACUAACAAUCCCUUCCCCCAACUUUGUAUGUUAGCACACUAGAUUUGUAACAUUGAUUUGGCUUUUGCUGUUAUAAUGUUGUAAUUAUUUUUAAUGAAUAAAUAAAUAAAUAAAUAUUAAUGGUAGACUCAAUUUUUUUUGUCGUUUUUGAAUAUUUAAAUUACGAAAAUUGUGUUCUAAUAUGUUCUAUGGUAUAACUGGAUUUUUAAUUUUACAUAAUACUUACUAACGAUUUCCGUUUUCGCCCUGUAUACUAGACACUACAUGCUGAUAAGUAAAAACAUGUAAUUUCAAUAAAGUAGGGAACUAAGCAUUAAAUGAUUGUUAAUAUAUAAUAACAAUACACUAUUUAUUUAUUAAUAUCUUUUAUAUUUUGUUAUAUAAAUGGUAGCCGGUUAAUUUUUUUUGUAUAAAUAUGAUUGAAGUCAAGGCUUAGAAUUUUUUUUUCAUACAACUUAGAAUGGCAAACAAGCUGACGGUCCACCUGAUGGAAAGUGGUAACCGUCGCCUAUAGACAUGAGCAGUACCAUAGACAUAACAGAGAAUACUGUUUCGCCCAAGAUACCCCUCAUGCGUUGCCAUUCCUGAGGAUUCAGGUGUUAUUCCUCUGUACCCUGUAAAUCCACUGCCAUAUCUUACCCUUUCAACUGUAACGUAGGCAUGUAAACACAACUGCUUCACAGUAGAAACACUAAUGGGACAGAGGUGCCAAAGUAAACGACUUUUUUUGACGUUUUAAAAAAGAAAGGUUCUCAGUUUAGUUGUAUUUUUUUUUAUGUUUGUUACCUCAUAAUUGUGUCAGUACUUAACAGAUUUGCAAUAUUAUUUUGUUAUUUGAAACGAUAUUGUUUUAUACCACUGAGGUUGCAAAUAAGCAUACGGCCCACCUGAUGGUAAACGUUUACUGUAGCUAACUAAUAACUUGUUUUGUCACAACUGAAUUAGUUUUUUUUUUUUUUUUGUAGGACAUAAUCUUUAAUUAUAGUUUUAAUAUCCUUCUAGAAUUUAGAUGUACAAAUACUAUUUGAGGAUAGCAAAAUAUUGUAAAUUGUAUAUAAUACAUAUCAUAGCAUUAAGUUCAAAUAUUGUAUAUCUAAAAACUAAGUCGAACACUUAAUACAAAAUGUUGAGCAUUUGAUCACACUAUACACAUACAUACAUACAUACAUAUCUGUCACACCUGUCUCCCAUUAGGUUAGGCAGAAACAAUGGAACGCCAUGCUUCGAUUCAAACAAACCUCUUUCGCUUCUUCCACAUUCAUCAAUCUUUUCAUACUAUAUAUAUGUUACUAUAAUUAUGUCACAUAUUUUUCAGCGCUGUCCUUCAUGCGUUUUUUUUUUUGUUUUCACCUUUUCGUUAGCUGGUAGAGAAUGUCAUAUGGCAUUUAAGCUCGCCAAUUGUACAAAGUUUUAUUAUAAAGAGUAAAUAAAUAAAUAUAUAAUAUUUGAUGAGUAAUCCCAAGGUGCUUUGUUAGACGAAAAAAAUAAAAAUAAAUAAAUAAUAGGAAUAAUUCUAUUUAAUAAUAAUAUAAUUAUUUUACUUAACUAGAUGAUAAUCUGUUAUCUGUAAUCUGUCUGAAACCCAUGCUACAUGUUAUUUGAUUUAAAUUAUUUUGUUUAAAUAUUUUGUAACUAGUAUGUAUUAUUAAUAUUAAUGUUGGCAGUCACACGCAUACUAAUGAUAGCGGAAUUAAACAAAAUAUAUCAAAUAAUAACAAAUAAUGUAAGUAUAAUGAUUUUUAUAACAAUAGGAUAAUUUCAUAUUUAAUUAUAUCUAAACUUGGUAGGUAUAAAAAUAAAAGACUACUCAAAAUUCAAAAGAACUGAAACAACCCACCCGCCUCUCAAACGUAGCGUUAGUUUAUGAUUUUUUUAAUAAUGUUAUGGCUGACCACAGGUAAGCUGAGGGCCUACCAUGAAAUGUUUUCCGAAAUAUCGGAGCCAAACGAAACACAAAUUUGAUGUUAAAAUUACAUAAUACAUGCCGUUUGGAAAUAUUAAAAAUAAUAAAUUAUUGUUCCUUUUGACUUUUACGAUAGGAUGUAUGACGAACGAAAUGUUAAACUCCAUUUAUUGGUGCGAUUUUGGUAUAAACAAAAACAGGAAAUACGUCUGAAAUUUCGGAAUUUCAUUUCAUGGUAGACACGCAGAUUUGGUUUCCGCGAACAGAAUUAAAAUUUACAUCCAGUUAGUACAAGAAUAUACAUCAUAUACAAUAUUACUGUAAUAACAAAGUGAACUUUGGAAAAUAUACAUAUACCUCGUGUGUACGGAAACCUAACCAAGAAAUCUUCCAUGAUGAUAAAUGGGUAUUUAAUAGGCUUGUAUAGUUCACGUGUAACAAGUGAAAUAUCAUUUACUACGGAAAAUCAUACGUCACUCCUGCUACCUAGCUUCAUAUAAGGGCAAAGCAAUAAACUGAGUUGUGACCAUUUUGUGUUACUAUGGCACACGCAUGAAGGAAGGGAAAGAAAGGGAAUUGUUAGUUUAUAUAUUUUGUUUUUUUUUUUUUUUGUUUUGUGCUUUUCUAUUUUCAUUCUUUUAUCUCUUUUACUGUGUAUUAUGUGUAUGUUUUUUUUUUUUGUAAUUUGUGUGCUGUAAGUAAUGUAAAUAAAUUAUCUAUCUAUCUAUCUACAUAUAUAGACCGCUCGGUUAACAAUAAAAUGAAAUCGCAACAAACUGCUGUCUGGCCUGUACAUAGUGAGUGAAACGAAGAUAUUGCACUGCACUAAAGUCUAUUCUCGCUCGCUUUUAUCAUGAAAAUCAUAAUUUAUAUUUAAAUUUCAUUUGCAAAUAAUUGUGAGUGCGACAUUAAAUCACAGUGAACAAAAAUAACAUUUUAAUUUAGUCGUAAGUGAUAUUACAAUGAAUAAAAAUAAUAAUAUCACAAAUUAAUAAUGAUUAAAUGUUUGUUACAUUUUUUAUUAAUUUACAUGCCUGGUAUUUAACGCACUGGUGAAAACUGGUGAACACAUAUCUACCUCCAGAACUAGGUGUUAUCUUACUGAAGUCCAUAUCACUGGUUAUUUGAUUAUCUAAAAUUAUUUGAUUGAUCGAUAUUAAUUAUUUUAAUUCCGCUGCCAUUAGUAUGUAUGUGACAACCAAUACUCAAAGAUUGAUCACCACUAUUACUACCAAAAGUUUCACAACAUUCUAUAUUAACUAUCAAUCUCCGACCAUUAUUUCUUUCACGUAUGUUUCGCGACACGUGUUUCACUUUUAAACGAGGCAUCUUCAAUUUAAUUAUUAAAUCGCUACUGGAAUGAUUGAAUGUUCAAUCUUCGAGAGUUAGCAGUCACACACAUACUAAUGGUAGCGGGAACACAAUUCUAAUCAAAUAACUAGGGGGGAAAGGGAUUGUUAGUAAUAGAGACUGAGAAACUCAUUGCUAGCAAUAUACCCAACCAAGUCGACCUGCUCGCGGUUUCCCCUGGAUACUAUCAUGGUUAAUUCCCGAUGAAUUCAUCAUGAUGGGCUAACUGGCCUGUUUUCAUUCUCAUCUAUCACCCUUCACUGGUGCUCCGCCAGCGUAUCCCGUUAGCGCAGACGGGAUUACCAUACCAUUUACACCAAUUGAAAAAAAAAUCAAAUAAUUAGUUCCAUAAUCGUUUCUAUUACAAAUAUACAAUUAUUAUCAAACUACACGAUAAUUACUAUCGCUAGUUGGCGUUGUCACCACGCAACCACAAUUGGAAUAUAUAUCAAUAGGUACACGUUCACGUAUCAGAGGUAAAUUGUUAAACGACCAUUAAUUAAUGAUAAUUGCCACUUCAGUACUCCGCUAGUUAUAAUUAGGUCUCUCAUAAUACACGCUACCGGCAAGAUUAUAAUUUUUAAUAGUUAUUAUGAAUUUUUUUUUACUAUUAUUUGGAUUGACUAUAUUUUACCCUAGCCCUGUUAGAGAGCUUGGAAUGGCUGUAAUUUCAGCAAAUCUCGAAACCUCUUGUGAUUGUCAUCCCCUUGUUCACGCAUAUAAAGUUAAGGUGUAGGCAAUAAAGAUUAAAUAGUAUUAAGAUAUAACCAAGUAGUAAUUUAUCAUACAAGUUAUAUAUGAAUGAAUGAAUAAGUAUACUUUAUUUGCAUUAUACAAUAUAGGAAAUAAACAAGACAAUUUACAAACAUAACGAUAAAAUUGUAUAAGUACAGUAAGGCGGUCUUAUUGCUGAGAGCAAUCUUUUCAAGACAACCUUAAUGUAAUGGACUAAUUGUUGUACAAGUAGGUAUAAUAGUGCUUUAUAAUUAAAAAAAGCAUCUUUUGCAAAUUAAAAAUAUAUAAAAAUUAUAUACAUAUAUACACACAUAUAUACAUACAUAUAUACCUUGACGUCAGGUGCCUUACGGAACCAUUAGACAAACCUGGGUAUUGUCCAGUGGUAGGGUGCAAAAAAUAUCUCGUACUCCUUUGCCCCCAUCGAAGACUUAUAUACAUACUAGAGUAGGUGCAAUAUAAAUCGUGCCCUAAGAUCCACCCUGAAAUACCUAUAUCUCUACAUACAUCUCUCGUUUCAUAUUCUCAUAAAAAUUAUUUGUGUACAAUGAUAUACAUGAUUAAACAAGUGGACGCAGAUAAUAUGAAAGAUAGCUGUUACAUUUCCCAUGUAUGCGAUAAAGAAUUUUGUGGAGGCGAAGCUAUGUAAUUUCCUUGAUGAAACAAACCCAUGGAAAAAUAUAAAAAUUCAAUAAUGAUAUAAUUUCUGCCUAUUUAAUUUUUAAAUCUAAUCCCUUAUGUAGUUUCCUUCUUAUCUCUCUAUAUUCUGUACUUAUUUUAUAUCGAUACUGAAAAUGUACAAGGAAAAAUAAACGGUACGAGAUCGUUAACACUUAAUUGUCCCUAUCAACCACUCGAGAACUACUGUUUACUGACGAAACUAUAUGCGAUCUACCAAUUACAUACUUCUUGAAAUCUCAAAUGAAACAACAUAGUUCAAUACACAAUUAUGUAGUAUUGUAGUUUUUUUUUAAAAA